AUGUUUUUAAGAAGUGAUCUUUCUUCGAGAGAACAAAGGAAGAUUGAUUGCUUCGUCAAUCACUCUUCCUGGGGAGUCAUUCAUCAAUCCUCACCCAGAGAAGGAGGAGGAGGAGGAGGAGGAGGAGGAGGAGGAGGAGGAGGAGGAGGAGGAGGAGGAGGGGUGGGGGAGGAGGAGCACGGCCACAACAGUCCCGAGACCUCCCCAGUACCCCCGGGUCUCAACGACCUCCUUAACACCCAGCUAAAACCAGGUUGUUCUGAACGAUGCUUAGCUGACCUCUCUUCUAUUGCUGCAACAACAUUAAGCAUGGGGCAGGGUCUCUGCACACCCAAUUCCAGGGGGCUUCCAGGUCCUAACAGGCGCGAAGACACGACGACGGCCCUUCGCUGCGGGUGCUGA